GGAGUCAGAAAACGAAGAUGAUGUUUUGAAAAGCAGCAGAGAUGAAGCGCAAGAAUCCGCCAUCAAAAUGAUCAAAACCCUCGUCUUUCUGAAAGGUUCGUGCUGAAUAAAGCGAAGAAACGGGAUCUCGUUGUUUAGAUUGGUUUGGAGCUGUCCCCUGAGCUGUCCUGAAUGAGCAUGUCCCUUGCUCAGAGAGUGCUCCUCACAUGGAUCUUCAGCCUCAUCUUCCUCAUUAUGCUGGUCCUCAAAUUGGACAAGAAGAUCCAGUGGAGCUGGUUCCUCGUCUUCCUCCCUGUGUGGACUUUCGACACCAUUCUCCUGCUCAUGCUUAUCGUCAAAAUGGCGGGCCGUUGCAAGCCGGGGUUUGAUCCACGCAAUGGAGCGGAGAACCUGAAAAAGCGCGUGUGGUACCUUGUGGCUAUUUUGUUAAAGCUGGCUUUCUGUCUGACGCUGUGCGCGAAGCUGGAACGCCUAACAGAAAUCUGGCUGAGUUUUGUUUGCAUCCCACUUUGGACACUUCUCAUCGGAGCCAUGGUGGAGCUCGGCUACAGCGUCUUCCACUUCCGGAGAGACUGAGCGUGCAGACAUGAAUAACUGAUGAACACAUGAUUCUUGUGCUGUCUAUAUAAACUGUAUAGUAUCUGACACACUUACUUUCAAGUGCCCACUUGCAUCAGGAUAACAUCACCUUGGAUGAUCUAUUCCACAAACCCCGGCGACAUAUCUUUUCUGUUUUCCUUAACGGAUGGAUUGGAAAACGAUUAUGAUGAUUAAAGGGGAAUUCCAACAAUCUUUCAACAUUUCUGCGUAAUUGAUGAAAGGUAAACGAAGUAUGAAAUGUGCUGUUCUAGAGAAACAUACUGCUCCAGAAUUGUUCACAGUGGUAGGAACCAGACGUCUGAAGAAUGUACUGCUUCUUAAAACUCCCUCACAGAACGUUAUUACAUGAAAUGGUUAUGAAUAUGGAAACUGAUGCCUGAUGAUAUUAUUUUCUGAUGUAUUUUACUAUCCAUUUUUGGUGGAGAGGUACAUGCAGGGAGUUAAUAAUGUAAAAGUAUACUUUUGUGUACAUAUAAAUGACUUAUUUAUGCAGAAAUUUUGAAAUUCCCCUUUAUAAGUGUGGACUGGGAUUCGGGUAGCAUGUAUGACGUGAUGUCUACAUAGUUUUAAUCCCUUGUCAUUUUGGUUACCUAAAGGAUGAAACACGACAUCAUGGUCUGGCAGAGGUUUUUACUGAGAGGUAACCUGUUUGUGAAUUUUGCUGGGUGUGGGUUUUUUUUUUCUUAUAGUAAAACACUGAUCGUACUCUCAUCUCACUGAGUUUUGUGGCUGUGUUGCCUGCAACUGAAGUAAAUUUUGUUUACAUGAUCCAGCAAAAACUUUAAGUAUCUAGCUUAGGUUUAGUCUUGCGGGGUCCAGUGUGAUCUCGUAACAAUCUUGUUCACAUCUGGAGACAAAUAGUUAAACUCUUGGCGCUGUACUGUUGUGGAAUCUGCCGUGAACAAGAGUACACUCCCUCCAGAAGCCACCCCCAACUCCUCUAGUUCAUGAUCUUUUAAAGGGGAAUUCCACAGAUUCAAGUUUUUGCAUAAUUAAAUUGAUGAGAUGCAAACAAAGUUGCUUAAAGUGGAUUGGUGUGAAAUGUGCCAUUCGUAUGGAGUCAUAAUCACAAUGGUGGUGAUAGGAACCAGAUGUUUAAAGAGAUUAAUGCCUCUAAAAGCUUACAGGAAGCUUUUACAAUAAAUUGUACACAAAUGCACAUUUGUGGUGGAGAGGUUCAUGCAUGGCAUUGUGUU